AUGCUUGGGGCGGUGGGCUCCCUGGUGGCCACUGUCUGGGCGGUGCUUCACCUCCGCACCCUCCUGCUGGGUGCCGUCGCCUUUCUGUUCUUUGCUGAUUUCCUCAAAAGACGGCGCCCAAAGAACUACCCGCCAGGUCCCCUACCUCUGCCCUUCGUGGGCAACUUCUUCCAUCUGGACUUCGAGCAGUCUCACCUGACGAUUGAGCGGUUUGUGAAGAAAUACGGAAACAUUUUUAGCAUGCAGCUUGGUGACAUGCCUGUAGUUGUCAUAACUGGAUUGCCCUUGAUCAAAGAAGUCCUUGUUGACCAGAACCAAAUCUUUGUGAACCGCCCUGUGACUCCUGUCCGAAGACGUAUCUUUAAGAGCAAUGGAUUGAUCAUGUCCAAUGGCCAAACAUGGAAGGAGCAAAGAAGGUUUACCCUGGCGACACUAAGAAACUUUGGUCUAGGAAGAAAAAGCUUAGAGGAACGCAUUCAGGAGGAAGCCCAUUACCUCAUCCAGGCAAUAGAAGAAGAGAAUGGACAGCCUUUCAACCCUCACUUCAAGAUGAACAAUGCAGUUUCCAAUAUUAUUUGCUCGAUCACCUUUGGGAAGCGCUUUGAGUAUGAGGAUGAACAGUUUCAGGAAUUGCUGAGGUUGCUGGAUGAAGUCACAUGUCUGGAGGCAUCAAUGAGAUGCCAGCUCUACAAUCUCUUUCCAUGGAUUAUGAAAUUUCUUCCUGGACCUCAUCAAACAGUCUUUAGCAACUGGGAGAAACUGAAAUUGUUCGUUGCUCAUAUGACUGAAACCCACAGGAGAGACUGGAAUCCUGCUGAACCAAGAGAUUUUAUUGAUGCUUACCUCAAGGAAAUAGAAAAGAACAGGGACAAUGCUACAUCAAGUUUCCAUGAAGAAAACCUCAUCUAUAGCACCCUGGACCUCUUCUUCGCUGGAACCGAGACAACUUCAACAACACUGCGCUGGGGUCUGCUUUACUUGGCCCUCAACCCAGAAAUCCAAGAAAAAGUCCAAGCUGAGAUCGACAGGGUGAUUGGUCGGUCACAGCUGCCGAGCUUAGCCACUCGAGAGUCUAUGCCCUACACCAAUGCUGUCAUCCACGAGGUGCAGAGAAUGGCAAACAUCAUCCCCCUGAACGUGCCCAGGGAAGUGACAGGUGAUACCACGCUCGCUGGAUACUACCUGCCCAAGGGGACCAUGAUCCUGACCAAUCUGACUGCAGUGCACAGGGACCCUGCAGAAUGGGCCACCCCCGACACAUUCAAUCCGGAGCAUUUUCUGGAGAAUGGACAGUUUAAGAAAAGGGAAACCUUUCUGCCUUUCUCAGUAGGAAAGCGGGUAUGCCUUGGAGAACAGCUGGCCAAGUCUGAGCUGUUUAUUUUCUUCACCUCCCUUGUGCAAAAAUUUACCUUCAGGGCCCCCAACGAUGAGAAGCUGAGCUUGAAGUACAGAACGGGCCUCACCAUCUCCCCAGUCAACCACCGACUCUGUGCAGUCCCUCGGUCCUGA